UUAGUAACGCGAUAUAAUAAUACUCAAACUUAUUAAUUUACCUGAUAUACCAAUAAUAAAAGUAUUUGCAGCAACCUGUAGUAAAAUUAUAAGAUUGAACGUUCUUUCAAAUUCAUUAGCUAACUUUAUCAAACCAAAGACCGACAGUAUACUAGUCGCAAUUAAGCUGAGUGCAUCUACUGUGUCAGUAAUAAGACCACAGUUUCCUUUUGUAAUUAGGUCGUCAAUGAAGAUUAUUAUAACUAAACAC